AUGCCACCUUUGAACGUUAUCGCCCUAAUCUCAGGUGGCAAAGACUCCUUCUACUCCAUCCUCCACUGCCUCCGAAACGGACACCGCAUCAUCGCCCUCGCAAACCUGCAUCCGGAACCAGACCUCUCCUCCGAAAAUGAAGAAGACAUCGACAGCUUCAUGUACCAAACAAUCGGCCACAGCGUGAUCCCUCUAUACGCCGAAGCUCUAGGUCUCCCAUUAUACCGCGCGCCGAUAACAGGUGGAGCCGUCGACACCGCGCGCAUAUACCGCCACGAUGACGCGGACCAGGGCGCCGAGACCACGGUGCAGGAUGAGACGGAGUGUCUUGUUCCAUUGCUUCGACGGGUGAUGGAAAUGCAUCCGGAGGCGAAUGCGGUUUCGGCGGGUGCUAUUCUCUCUACGUAUCAGCGGACGAGGAUUGAGAAUGUUGCUGGGCGGUUGGGGCUUGUUCCGCUGGCUUGGUUGUGGAUGUAUCCUUCUCUUCCUGCGUCUGCGGAGAGGGAUAGUGAUUCUUUGGCGGUUAAGGAGGCGGGCUUGUUGGAGGAUAUGGCAGGGUGUGGGUGUGAUGCAAGGAUUAUCAAGGUUGCGUCGGGGGGAUUGGAUGAUGGAUUCUUAUGGGAGAGUGUUUCUGGCUCUGGGAAUGCGGGGCGCGGGGUAAGAAAGAGGAUUGUUAAGGGAAUGGGGAGGUUUGCGGCCAAGGAGGAUAUAAGGGGUGCGGUGUUGGGGGAGGGAGGUGAGUAUGAGACUUUGGCGAUUGAUGGGCCGGGAUUUCUUUGGAAGAAGAGGAUAGAGAUUGAGGAGAGGGAGGUUGGGACUGGUGAGGGUGGAGUUGCAUUUAUGAAGUUGAAGGACGCGAGGUGUGUGGAUAAAGAGGGGGAUGAGAUUAGGCCGGAGGAUGUGAGGACGCCUGCUUUGUUGGAUGAGGUUUUUGUGAAGGCCUUGGAGGGUGUGCCUGACGUUUCGACGGGGGAUGACACGCGGACUUUGAUGGCGUCGCCUGCGUGGUCCAUAUGUAAACCGCACCAUCGUCAGUCGAACCAGACGUGGUCAAUCUCGAAUCUUGUCGCACCUGAGGCUGGACCCGGUGCUAGCGAGCAGAUGGACGGGAUCGUCAAGAAGACUGAAGCAGCACUAAAAACAAUCUCGGAAUCCACGCCUCGAUCUACCGAGGACAUCGUGUUCGCAACUGUUCUCCUCCGCUCCAUGGACGACUUUGCUCUGAUGAACAACGUCUACGUCUCCCUCUUCAAGAAACCGAACCCACCCGCCCGAGUCACAGUCGCAUGCGGCGACGCACUUCCCUCCAACGUGAGAGUAAUGGUCUCUUUCGUGGUAGACAUGGGCGCACGUAACAGUCGCCAGGGUCUGCAUGUGCAGUCACGGUCAUACUGGGCGCCUGCUAAUAUCGGGCCUUACUCGCAAGCGAUGUCCAUUCCGCUGCAGGGUAGUAGGGUCAUUUAUAUUGCAGGUCAAAUCCCGCUGGAACCGGCUUCUAUGGAGAUUGCUACGACAGGCAAGUCCUGGUUCGAGAACUACUGUUUGCGGGCUGUGUUGUCUCUCCAGCAUCUUUGGAGAAUUGGUGAUGCUAUGCAGGUUGAUUGGUGGCUUGGUGGUGUUGCUUUCCUGACUGGUGAAGCUAAUAACAUCGAGACCCAAGUCAAGAUUGCGUGGUAUCUUUGGAAGAAGAUGCAUACGCGGGCGGAGAGUGACGAUUCGGAUGAUGAGGACCCUCAGCUUGAUGCAUGGGAUAUCAAAUACGGUCGAAGGGCCGAGGAGCUCAUGCCUGAGAGCGACGCUUCGACUUUGCCCAAUUUCUCUGUUCUUGAUGAGGAUGCUCCUUCUAUUUCGCCGUUCCUCGCUGUUGAGGUUGAUCAGUUGCCUCGUGGCAGUGAUAUCGAAUGGCAAGGUCUUGGAAGUCGAUGUGAACAAGCUGCUAUUGAGAACAAGACAGAAUAUAUCUGUGCUACUGUGGAUGAGAGGUAUCGUUACCUUAGCCUGGAAGUGCAAUCUUCACCGGAGCCUCUGGAGUCGAGUCUCCGUGAUAUCAUGGCUACACAUUGCCAAAACAAAAGUCUGGCACAGGCCGUGUUGUAUACCACGCAACCUGUUACCGAAGGCCUUUGGGAUGGCCAAGUUGUCCCAUGCAGAUCUGUUUGGGGUAGAGAAGGCCAGCGCUUGACUGCUGGUAUUGUUCUACAAGAAGAACUUGCAUGA